UUGAAGUUGAUUUUCUUUUUCGUUCAUUUGUCGCUAUCGCAAAUUUUAGUCUCAUUCAUGUUUGAGUGGGAAAAGUGUUUUUUUUCACAUUUCCUUUAGCAAUUUUAUAAUUGCUACUUGGAGUGAACUUCCAUACAGUCAUCAAAUAAUAAAACAUACGAAAUUUUCUUUUCAUUUCCCAAACAUGGACUGAACGAAAUUUAACAAUGAAAAGUGUCUUUUCGCAUUUUAAAUUCAUACAAUUAGCACAUACAAGUAUAUUUUUGAUAAAUUUUUUUUUCUUUUUUUUGUUUGACAUAAGUAAGACAGUUUUUAAAACGGGUAUACAAGUGAAUUUUUAAUGAAACGUAAAAAUAAUCGUUAGCAAAGAAAAUACACCAAUCUAAAUUAGUGCACAAAUGGUGUCGAACCUUAUCGCAUGCAUAUAAAGAACAACAUCGAAAGCAAUUUGGAAAACAUUAACGCAGCGGAACACACACACCAGCCAAUCAAGUGGUAGCUUAACAUAGACGAACGAUAUCAUUUCGCACGAAAAUUGUAAAUUGUGCUCUAAAUACAGACAGUUUGUGUUCGUGUGCAAAAGUUUGCACGAGUAGCACAGCGAAUCAAGGUCGGCUGAAAUAUGGUUGAUUUGCAAGCAAGCGAUCAGAAUAAUUGUCGAAAAUGUUCCGAUGGUAAAGUGAAAAUUUUAAUGGAUCGAACGCCAAGCUUUUUAAAAUCGAAAUUUUUAUCAGUGCUCGGCAGUAGUAAUGACCUAAUUAAUGGGCUCACCACAAAGCUUGAUAUUUCAGCCAACAUGAGUUCAUCGUCAGAAUCACAUUCCAACGAUCGUGAUUCGAAUAAGAACAGCGCCAAACAAGCCGAUGAAGUCUCUUUGGAUGAAAAUAUAAUUGAUUUUGAAUCGCGAAAAGUGAAAGAGCGUCGAGCUCAUGACGAAGUAUCAACGGGAAAAUAUCGUCAUCCGAACUUUAUAGCACGGAGUAAGGCAACGAAUGCGAAAAAAUGCAACAUAAUCGAUACAAAUCCAGAGUCUUCAUUUAGCGAAAGUAAUAGUAAUUCGAUGUUAUCAAAAACCCCAACGUCGGUGCACACAUUGGCCGGUGACGUGCCCAAGGCAGAUUCAAUCGAUACGAAUCAGCACAUGGACAAAAUGAGCUUAUCGAUUCCACCAGGUACUGCCGCAUACGUUCCGAAUAGCGAAUUAGACCUUCAGCAAUUCAGUUUGAGCGAGGCCUCAGUUGAAUUAAAACGAUGGGAUUAUUCAAAUUCCGAUCAUUCCAUACAAUCGCUAAAAUCGAUUGCGAGUCUCGAAAGUCAUUGCGAAGAUGAUACACUGGAUUUUAUGCGACGCUAUGUGGAUAUUCUAUUUGACAAUAGUGCACAGCUAACAUUGGAGCUGAAAUCCGAUUUUGGCCUUAAGUCAAGGACUGAAAUCGGACGACUGUUAUUUGCCCGUUUGGUCAGUGCACAACGUGCACGUUCGAAACGUGUUAGUGAAAAUACAUUUUAUUCAUUGGUCCAGCAUUUUGCCAUCGUUUUAUUCGAAUGCAACGAAAUGGAUGACUUUUCACCGGCCAAAAUCCUGAUGAACAUGUGCUUCACCUUUUUCUAUGAAGUUGAAGUGCCUGGAUGUGAACCAUAUCGAGAAUAUCUCUAUACAUACCUGCGUUAUCAGCCAAUUUGGCAAGCGAUUCGCUUUUGGAAUGCCGCUUAUUUUGAUGCCGUACAAAGUGAACGAAGCCAUCGUCCAAUUCCACAAACAAUCACCGUCAAAAUCGAGUCUGAUUCGAGCGAUGAGGAUCUGAGCUCCGGUGCGAAAUCCGUUCAACGACAUUUAGCUAGAGAUGUUCAAACCAAUUUGGAUAUGAUAAAAGACGAUCAAGAAUUCCAACGAAACAUUUGUUUCGGACAACUCGGCACAUUCACCUGCAACAUGCAUGCAUUUGGUCUAAACAAAGAGCUCUGUGAUGAAUUUCUACGGAAACAAAGCGUUAUUUCGAAUAUAACCAAAGAACCACGAGUGUAUCGUAUUACCCUUUUUCAGAACAAGAGAAGAUGUUGCACGACAAUAUCAACCGAAUGUACAAAGAGACAGAUAAAUGGCGAGCCAACUAAACAACUUCCGAUAGCGUCAAACGAUAAUGGCCUAAAUUUUAAGAAAAAAAGAAUCGUCAACACAAUUAUAUAUUUUCCUGAAUCUCGUAGCGAUUUUAGAGACCGCUAUCGUACUAUAUAGCCAGAUCACAAAUUUUUAGAUAGGUGCUGUUAGUGUUAAUAACUUCAAUCACAAUAUGAAAACAAUUUCCGUACAUUUGUUUACAAAACAUUUAUUUUCUAAUGAUAAUGACAAAUCUAGAUAAUUACUAUAUUCUCUCUGUGUCUUCUACUAUCAAUUUUAAUUCAGUUGGUUAUGGUUGCCACAAUUAUGAAAUAAAUAUGAAUUCGAUUAUAAAAAUGUUAAGACGAAU